AUGGGCAAUGUUCCUCCAGACAAGACAGCCGGCGGGACAGACAAUGGGACAGCCCCGAUAUCAGAACAGGCUGCAUCUCCUACUUCAGCGCGACCUCCCAAUGUCAGACACCACUCCAGCUUUGCAGAAGCUCGAUAUGGAACCGCCCAUUCUCCCUUAAAUAUGGGCAACAUGGGAUACUUCCUUCCAGGCCAUCAUUCACAAGGCUAUGAUCAUUCAAUACAUCAGUACCAGACAGCCCAAGGGCAAGGCAUGAUGUAUCCCAUGCCAAUGGCUCCGUAUGGACACAACACCGGAGGCAUGGCAUACGGCAUGCCUUACCCAGCUUAUCCGCCGUAUGCGAUCUCUCAACUUCCAGGCCCCGUUCAACAUGGAAUUCAUUACCAGCCACAUGGAACCCAAAUGCAAAACCUCAGUCCCGGACAAAUAUCCCCAUAUGGCUCGGGGUAUUACCCUCAUUCGCCAUACCCUGCUCCUUAUAGACAUGGGAUCCCUCCUACCGGCCAAAUGCCCCAGGCUGUAUCUCCGGUCCGCACUAACACGAGCUCACCAUCAAAAACGGGCUCUUUACGCAAAGAAGCAGAUAAACGAGUGGCCGAUCUGGAAUAUGAUGUCUCAAAAACCAUUGUGGAUGGAUCCAAUCCCAUGAAAUUAGCGCCUCAACCCCAACCUCUGCUCUCCGACAGUUCCCCAUCGCAACCAGCCCCGACCGCUCCGAGUACUCCACGAGGACCACCCCGAAAACCAAAGCAAUCCGGCCACGCGCUCUGGGUUGGAAAUCUCCCCCCAGGAGCCAAUGUCGUGGAUCUUAAAGAUCAUUUCUCACAAGAGGCAACAAACGACAUCGAAAGUGUGUUCCUGAUCUCCAAAAGUAAUUGUGCGUUCGUGAACUAUAAAUCGGCUGCCGCUUGCGUCGCGGCGUUGGCGAGAUUCCACGACUCCCGCUUCCAGGGCGUGCGUGUUGUCUGUCGAUUGCGAAAGGGGUUCACAGCCCCAGGGUCUGGAUCUGUAGGGUUGGCAAUUCCUGCGGUGAACCAUGCUCUCCGACCACAAUUGGAGGAUAUUGCUACAUCUACGGCUACGGCUACCGACCCGGACGAGGACCAUUCAAUUGCACCGGAGCUCAGCUCGGCCGCACCUGCUACAGGGAACUAUCCGCCCCCGGCUCGGCUGGUAGAUCGGUACUUUAUUGUUAAAAGCUUGACGGUGGAGGAUCUCGAGCUGAGCAAGCAAAGUGGCAUUUGGGCCACGCAGUCACACAAUGAGGCGGCGAUGAAUCAGGCUUUCGAGACUACCGCUUAUGUCUAUCUAAUCUUCUCUGCCAACAAAUCUGGCGAGUAUUUUGGAUACGCGCGUAUGAUGUCGCCGAUCAGCGACGACGAGGAGCUGGCCUUGGAGAUGCCAUCCCGGCCCGAUCCGCCGCCCGGUGGACCCGACGAGCUCGACGUGACCCUGACAGCAGCGAGCUCGACAGCGCCGCAAGGCCGAAUCAUCGAUGAUUCAGUGCGGGGUACUAUCUUUUGGGAAGUUGAAUCGUCGGAAGAUGAGAACGACACCGCCAGCGUGAAGAGCGUCGAGCCCGAGGAUCCGGAAGAAGGUCAAACCUUUGGUAAACCGUUCCGUAUUCAAUGGAUUUCGACGGAGCGAGUGCCCUUUCAGCGCACUCGUGGCCUCCGUAACCCCUGGAAUGCGAAUCGAGAAAUCAAAAUCGCUCGAGACGGCACCGAAAUCGAGCCAACAAUCGGCCGUAAGCUAAUUCAAUUGUUUCAUUUGCCUUGA